CUUUGCGGUUUUCUCAGCGGCGUCCUGAAGGCAGCAGCAACAGCGCAGUAUCGGAGGAGGGAGGGCCCUGCAGUCGCUCCUCUCAGAAACAGAAACCCCGUAGCACAGCAGCGCCAUUCAAAAACAGUAUCCAAAAUGGCAGGAGCUGAUGGAGACGACUCUCUCUACCCUAUCGCCGUUCUCAUUGAUGAACUGCGAAAUGAGGAUGUUCAGCUUCGCCUGAACAGCAUCAAGAAGCUGUCCACCAUUGCUCUGGCCCUUGGUGUUGAGAGGACUCGCACUGAGCUCCUUCCUUUCCUCACAGACACCAUCUAUGAUGAAGAUGAGGUGCUCUUGGCCUUGGCUGAGCAGCUUGGCAAUUUCACUAUGUUGGUGGGAGGGCCAGAAAAUGUCCAUUGUCUCUUGCCCCCUCUGGAGAGCCUGGCUACAGUGGAGGAGACAGUAGUCAGAGACAAGGCCGUGGAGUCACUGAGGAAGAUCUCCCAGGAGCAUUCUCCAGUUGACCUGGAGGUCCAUUUCGAGCCUUUGGUCAAGCGGCUGGCUAGUGGUGACUGGUUCACUUCUCGCACAUCUGCCUGCGGCCUCUUCAGCGUCUGUUAUCCCCGUGUCUCCAGCACCGUCAAGGCCGAGAUCCGCCAGCAUUUCCGCACCUUGUGCUCAGAUGACACUCCUAUGGUGCGUCGUGCUGCAGCAUCUAAACUGGGGGAAUUUGCCAAAGUCCUGGAGCUUGAUUAUGUGAAAAGUGACAUCAUUUCCCUCUUCACUGCUCUAGCCUCUGAUGAGCAGGACUCUGUGCGGCUGCUCGCUGUGGAAGCUUGCGUCAGCAUUGCCACUCUGCUGCCUCAGGAGGACCUUGAGACCCUGGUGAUGCCAACCCUGCGCCAGGCUGCUGAAGACAAAUCCUGGAGGGUCCGCUACAUGGUUGCCGACAAGUUCUCUGAGCUCCAGAAAGCAGUCGGACCAGAGAUCACCAAGAACGAUCUGGUGCCGGCCUUCCAGAAUCUCCUGAAGGACUGUGAAGCCGAGGUCCGUGCUGCUGCAGCAAACAAAGUCAAAGAGUUCUGUGAGAACCUCCCAGAGGACAGCCGCGAGCAGAUCAUCAUGACUCACAUUCUGCCCUGUGUCAAGGAACUCGUCUCAGACACCAACCAGCACGUGAAGUCUGCCCUGGCCUCGGUCAUUAUGGGCCUUUCUACCAUCCUGGGCAAGGACAACACAAUAGAGCACUUACUACCUCUCUUCCUGGCUCAGCUCAAGGACGAGUGCCCCGAGGUGCGUCUCAACAUCAUCUCCAACCUGGACUGUGUGAACGAGGUGAUCGGCAUCCGUCAGCUCUCCCAGUCUCUGCUGCCGGCCAUCGUGGAGCUGGCAGAGGACGCCAAGUGGAGGGUCCGCCUCGCCAUCAUCGAGUACAUGCCCCUGUUGGCGGGACAGCUGGGAGUCGAGUUCUUUGAUGAGAAGCUCAACACCCUCUGUAUGGCCUGGCUGAUUGAUCACGUGUACGCCAUCCGUGAGGCAGCCACCUGUAACCUCAUGAAGCUGGUGGAGAAGUUUGGAGCCGAGUGGGCUCAGAACACCAUCGUGCCCAAAGUGUUGGGCAUGGCCAACGACCCCAACUACCUGCACAGGAUGACCACUCUGUUCUGCAUCAACGCUCUGUCAGAGGCCUGCGGUCAGGACAUCACCACUAAGCAGAUGCUGCCGGUGGUCCUGAAGAUGUCCACUGACCAGGUGGCCAACGUACGCUUCAACGUGGCCAAAUCCCUCCAGAAGAUCGGCCCCGUCAUCGACAGCAAUGCCCUUCAGACAGAAGUGAAGCCAGUGCUGGAGAAGCUGGCCACAGACACAGACAUGGAUGUCAAGUACUUUGCCCAGGAGGCCAUCAGUGUUCUGGCCCUGGCAUAACCACCCCACCAUGGCUAACCCAGAGAAACCCCCCCACCCCCCACCCUCCCGAGAAAACAACGCAACAACACUUUUACGAGAUAUUUAUUGAUGUUCAGGAACAACUGGUAAAUGUAUAGAGAAAGCUGUUAACGAUUGUUUUUAUCGUUUUUCUUGAUUUGUCCCUUUGUUUACUGUCCAGUAGUAGUCAUGUCCACCCGUAGCCCGGGCUUCUGUGAGCCGUCCUCUCGCUGUAGACGGGUGCUUUAACAAAGGCAUUUAGUGGUGCAUGCUGACGAAUGUGCUACUGUACUACCAAGACAUCAAACCAGGCGCCCCCCCUCACACAUUCCUCUCUCAAGUCCUCGCCCCGCUUUUGUACUUCCACAUCAGUCGUUGUAGCUUUCAAAAUGUCGCUAUCUAGCUCUCUGUGCUAGCUCUCUGCUGCUGUGCUUCUCUCACAAUGCUAGACUCCAACUUUGAGAAGGAGAUGGUGCAUCAAGCUGUUUAUUUUGCUAAGCUUCCACCCAAGUCAGGCCUUUGAUACUGCUCUCUUUUCGCGGAGACACUGCUGUGGCCCUCUGAAGAAGACAUUUAAAAGUCUGUGGCAGGCCCUCUCCAAACCUGUUGUCUCUUCAACGCUUCACAGGUUCUGUAGAAAGCUCUGACAAAGUAUUAAUGGGUAAUGUGCUUUACUGGAGGAAGUCUGAGGAGCUCAAUGAUAGCAUGUACUUCAAAUGUACGCUCAGACCAGGAAUUACCUGCUGAUGGGGACCAUCCAAGCAAAGUGUUGCUCAUAAUUGUCCCUCAGUGGUUGUUGAUGUACUAGGGUGGGAAGUAGUUGUGAUUUUCUGCAAUAUGUUCUCAGCAUUGCUCUUAAUCUUUGUGCCAAUUACUUUGAUAAACUGGUGUUUUAUUUUAGUUUGUCUGGGUAAACGGUUUUCUCCUGUUCUGUAAAACAACGGUGUUCUUUCUCUGUAAGGGACACUUUAUUACUAGAACGUUAAUGUGGUGGGUAAGCUAAAUUGACUACAGCUGUAAGGGCCGUGGGAUUAACACGUGUCCCUCUUUGUCCUGGAGCCCCCCGUCUCCCUUCCAUCAAUGCCAAGUCCUCCACUCGACCUGCAGUUUAAAAGCAAAGGGUCAGCAAACAUAAAGGGCCACCCAAGGAUUCCUGCUUAGAAACAUCUACACGAUGGAGAACAAGUGCGUGCUUUCAAAGAAAGAGGGAUGGGGGGGCCAUGGAGAAUGUGUACGUAAGGCUGCAUAAUGUUUUAUUAUGGGGUGGGAGCUUGGGUGGAUAUGGGCGGGUUGAAUAAAUGUGUCUUCUGCGCUGAUAAAGAAACGUUUGUUUUUCCCUGAACUACUCCCGCUGUUCCCUUCUCCUCUACCCUCCCCCUGUUCUCGAAUAAAUAAACCUUGAUUGUUGAUUGUCCUGUAUCACGAAGACCAUGCUUUUAUUUUUACUUUAAAUUCUCUCCACAUUGAGAUGCUCUACUACUGUAUCUUGAUCUGAAUAAACUAACAAACAAA